AUGGCUCAAAAACCCCAACAUGUGAUUCCCUCAGAGGAGCAGACAAACUCUGCGAGUCGCACCUUAUCCGCCAAGGAGAAGGAGGGCGCGGCAACCGCAAGUGCAAAUGCAAACUCGACCAAGCAGUCAGCCACCACUCCCGCAUCAACCUCCCCCGGUACAUCUACUUCAUCUGCUGCUUUAUCUAACGUCCUCCCACGGGUCUCUGAUUCCUCCCCUCUUCCCCCAACUAAUUCUGAACCUCCCGCGGACGUCUCCAUGGGCAAGUCAACGAAUACAAGCACACAAGCCGCCGCCGCCGUCGCCGCCGCCAAAGAUGGCAGCACGGCGGCCAACCCCUAUGGAACGCGUUCACGAAACCGCACAGGCAAUUCUCGCAUCAACUACGCAGAGGAUCGGGAUCUUGACAUGGACAUUUUCGAAUUGUAUCCGGAUCGUCGAGAAGGAGGUGAGGCCAAAAAGGGUUCCUCUAAGCAAGGCCAAGCAUCAACAUCAGCAACAACGCAAGCGGCAACACCAUCGUCAUCAUCGCCGACAAAUGGUGCAUCUCAGCCAACCCCACGUUCUGCGGUAAAUGGGACAUCAGCAUCAACCGCCGCCACUUCCACCUCAACGUCGGCCUCACGGAAACCGCUUCCCACAAUCGACGAUACUCGUAAGGGCCACUCUUCAAACGGCACCAAAGAUCAGCAGUCUCGUCAGCCCUCAACCUCGCCGGCCGCAAACGGGGCUCCUACCACCACUACCAAUGGCCCCACAAAGUCCAAGAAGCGAAAAGCAGAUCCUGCAGCAAAUGCUUCCAGCAGUCAGACCCCAACCAGUGCAGCAGUAAACUCUUCGGCAUCGCACAACAAGCGGGCCAAGACCAAUUCGCACGACAACAAUGGAAACAGCAAGACACCGACAAAUGGGCUCGCGAGCGACCUGGGCACGGCUAAAGGCUAUGGCGAGACCAAUCUCCUCACUUUUGAAAAGACCAAGGCGAUGCCCAAAGACGGCAAGAUGGUGGCUGAUGACGGCACUGUUCUUGAGGUGAACGAUCACGUUUACCUGGUCUGUGAGCCGCCCGGGGAGCCUUACUACCUGGGCCGCAUCAUGGAGUUUUUGCACACCAAAAACGACCCAGCAAAGCCAGUGGACGCGUUGCGCGUGAACUGGUACUACCGGCCAAAAGACAUUGGUCGAAGAGUGCAAGAUACGCGAAUGGUUUUCGCCACGAUGCACUCGGACAUUAGUCCUUUGACGGCCCUGCGCGGCAAGUGCCAGAUUCGGCACAAGACGGAAAUCCCAGACCUGGCCGCGUAUAAGAGUUCGCGCGACUGUUUCUGGUUUGAAAAGCUGUACGAUCGGUACAUUCAGAAGAACUACGAGGUGAUUCCGACCAAACAGAUCAUCAACGUGCCCGAGCAUGUCAAGAAGGUGCUGGACGAGAGGUGGAAAUACAUUUUGGUGGAGCAAGGCCGAGGCAAGGAACUGACCAGUGCGGUCAAGACUUGCAAGCGGUGCGUCGGCUACUGCGCCAGGUAA